AUGAUUGUGAAGAUAAAUGUGAAUAAAAGAAACUCUGGCAUCAGCCGGAAAUCACUUCAGCCUCACAACAACAACAACAACAAUAAUAACAAUAACAACAAUAAUAACAAUAAUAAUAACAAUAACAAUAAUAAUAAUAACAAUAAUAACAAUAACAAUAAUAAUAAUAAUAACAACAAUAAUAAUAAUAAUAAUAAUAAUAAUAAUAAUAAUAAUAAUAACAAUAACAAUAACAAUAAUAAUAAUAACAAUAAUAAUAACAAUAAUAAUAGUAAUAAUAACAAUAAUUGUAACGUCUUCAUGCUAGACCGACAUGAGGACGACCACAAUUACGACAACGUUGAUCAUUAUGAUGUUGACUGCAUUAGUAACAAUAGUAACAAUGAUGACGACUGCGAAAGCUGCACCGAUUAUGACCACAGUGCGGGCAACACAAGCGACGCAAUCAACAACGCCAGCGACAAAAACCGUGACAGUGACGACGCUCAACAGCUGCUGCAAUGA